AUGCCUGCUGGUGUAACGUGGGGACAAUAUGUUUGUUUUUCAAUAGCCUCUUUGCUGACUAUGUUGGCAGGCUCGCAAGUUGUUCAUCAGCACUAUAAACCUCUUGUAGACCUCAAUAAAUACAUAAACAAGGAGUUGGAGGGAUACCCCGAAAAUGUUCAACAAAAAAUCCGACAAGAGCUUAAAGAAGAAGGUCUACUCAAAUAGUGCCCUAUUAGUGUAUUAUUUACUUUGUUGUUAGUUUUAUAGUCCUAAUAAAUUAUAUGAUCAUGUAAA